CUAUCCCGUCCGCACAUCACAUCUACACCCUUGUUCUCCUGCGUAAGCCCUAUAUAUGACUUGGGCCGACGGGAGUUUUUGUCACUGACUCGGCAAACACGAAACGCAUGGCUGACUUGGCUUUUAUUUUUUUACUCUUUGGCCAUUGGGCUCUUGCUGUACUGCCUCCUUAACCUUGGCACCCUUCUUAACCGUCGCUCACUGCCGCUGCCACCCGGACCGAGGCCAUGGCCGAACAUCGCCGCCAUGGCCCGGACCUACGGGCCGCUCAUGCAUCUCCGGCUGGGCAUGGUCCACGUGGUGGUGGCCGCGUCGGCGUCAGUGGCAGCGCAGUUUUUGAAGACCCACGAUGCCAACUUCUGUAGCCGUCCGCCAAACUCCGGAGCCAAGUAUAUGGCCUACAACUAUCAGGACCUUGUGUUUGCUCCCUAUGGCCCGCGGUGGCGCAUGCUCCGGAAAAUCUGCUCCGUGCACCUCUUCUCCACCAAGGCCCUCGACGAUUUUCGUCACGUCCGUCAGGAGGAGACAGCUAGGCUGACGCGCGCGCUGGCGGGUGCGGGGCACUUAAAGGCGGUGAACCUGGGGCAGCUGCUUGGUGUGUGCACAACAAACGCUCUUGGGCGCGUGAUGCUUGGGAGGAGAGUGUUCAGUGACGGGAGCGAGGAAGUGGAUCCCAAGGCCGACGAGUUCAAGCAGAUGGUGGUGGAACUGAUGGUGCUCGCGGGGGUGUUUAACAUCGGGGAUUUCGUGCCGGCGGCGUCGCGCAAGAUGAAAAAACUCCAUGCAAGGUUCGAUGCCUUCCUCAACGCCAUCAUGGACGAGCACAAGCUCGGUGAGGGCAAUCACUCCGACCUCUUAACAACACUGAUUUCGCUCAAGGAUAAUGCCGACGGCGAAGGUGGCAAGCUCUCCGACGUCGAAAUCAAGGCCUUGCUCUUGGAUUUAUUUACAGCAGGAACUGACACGUCAGCUAGCACAGUUGAAUGGGCCAUUGCAGAACUCAUCCGUCAUCCAAACAUUCUAGCCCGAGCUCAACAGGAGCUCGACACCAUUGUUGGGCCGGCCGAUUGGUAA